AUGGAAGAGCGAGAGGCAAUAGAGGAUGGUUUUCGUGGAGGUCAGCUGAGAGUUUUGACUGCUACAUCAACACUAAGUUCCGGUGUAAACUUACCGGCCCAGACGGUUCUUAUCAAAGCUCAAAUGUCGGGACCCUCAGCCCUCACCAAUACCACGUAUCGACAGAUGGUUGGUAGAGCUGGGCGAUUGGGGCAAUCCUCAAAGGGUUUGUCGAACCAUUUCAUUCGUUUGACUAAUUGA